AAACAAUCUUGAAGGGCAAACUUGUAAUUAUGUCAAAGAAAUGGCUUGCUGUUGCUACAGCAGUUUGUUGAUCUUUUUGUAGCUGCUGCCUGCUGCCGCUGGUUUCUCGGUUAUCUUGCAGAAGCCUUUUGGUCGUAGUCUUGAGGUUAUUCUAGCAAUGGGGAAGGACUCAAAACCAAAGGAUGCAGGAGGGAAGGGCAAAGGGAAGCAGGCAGGAGGUGCAAGUGAUGAGAGUGCUUCAAAGGGUAAAGGGAAAGCUGGAAAAUCAGAUGGACUUGGCACCUGCACAUAUGUAAAAGCAAGGCAUAUCUUAUGUGAGAAGCAAGGUAAAAUCAAUGAAGCAUACAAGAAACUGCAAGAUGGUUGGCUUAGCAAUGGAGACAAAGUCCCACCUGCAGAGUUUGCAAAGCUAGCAGCAGAAUACUCAGAAUGUCCUUCUGGGAAGAAGGGUGGAGAUCUUGGGUGGUUUCCACGUGGAAAGAUGGCUGGUCCAUUCCAGGAAGUUGCCUUCAGCACGGCUGUUGGAGCUACCAGUGCGCCAUUUAAAUCAACUCAUGGAUAUCACAUAAUCUUAUGUGAAGGGAGGAAGAAUUGAUGGAAUGCAGCAUUUGGAUCAAGGGGCUCAAAACUAGUUACUUGUAGAUGGGUAUCGACAUUUUGUACUUCGGAAAUCUAGGUGAGGUUCGUCAACAUUUUGAUGCUUGAAUACCCUACUAAGCAAGAUUAUUCAAGAUGAAUAUCCGAGUGUUUUGAUCUGUUUCUUUUUUUCCCCUAUGUUCAUCUACAAUAAUGAUGAUAUAUUUAAGAGAAUUAUGUGAAGCCCUUGUCAUACGCAUAUCCUUUGAUCAGUACUAAUUUUGAACCCUAUGCUUCAUCAA